UUCUCUCUUCCUCCACUGUCCUCCUGUCCUCGCCAUUCUCUUUUUUUUUUCUGUUCAGUUUUGUCCAUUAAUUUCGCCAUUGCUGGCCGUCGGUCAUCUCUCUGGUCUUCGUUAAUGGCUUCCUCGUCUCAACAUUCAGUAAAGAAGUAUUUUACCAAAGUACCGAAAUCCAGUGUAGCUUCUUCUAGUCAACCUAACCAGGAAGCAAAUGCCCACCAUUCAGAAGUACCAUUACCUUCUUCUCAAGAAUUUGAUUUGAGUACUUUAAAUUAUGAUCCGGGUGAAAGAACCCCAAUCUUGGACUAUCAUCCAAACCAUCGUGAUGUUAUUAGAAGAGCAUACCUUAUUAAUGGUCCUUGUCAACCUCGAUUGCUUCAGCAUGAGUAUCCUCAAACGAAUAUUUCUGGAUCAAUGCGUCGUUUUAAUUCUGAAUGGUUUGAUGAUGUAUAUCAUGAUUGGUUGGAGUAUAGUGUUAGUAAAGAUGCAGUCUAUUGUUUGUAUUGUUAUCUAUUUAAAGGCUACAACACUAAUCAAGGUGGGGGUGAAGUAUUUUCAACUAUUGGGUUUAAGAGUUGGCAGAAAAAGAAGAAUCUUGGAAAACAUAUUGGUCUACCAAACUUGACCCCACAUAACUUACCAAAAAAGAAAUGUCAAGAUUUAUUGCGGGAUUGGCAUUUUCGAGGUCAUGAUGAAUCUAAAUCAUCACUUAGUAGGGGUAAUUUUCUUCAAAUUCUCUCAUGGUAUGCGAAAAAGUGUGAUAAUAUUCGUGAUUAUGUACUGGAACAUGCUCCUCAAAAUGAUCAAAUGACUUCUCCAAUAAUUCAGAAAGAUAUUGUGAGUGCUUGUAAGAUAGAAACAAUUAAAGCUAUUCUUGAGGAAUUAAAUGGUGACUACUUUUCUUUACUAGUUGAUGAGUCUUUUGAUGUGUCACGCAAGGAGCAAAUGGCUAUUGUCUUACGAUAUAUUGAUAGAAAUGGAUUUGUGAUGGAGCGGCUUUUGACAUUGUUCAUGUUCAAGAUACUAGUGCUUUAUCUCUAA